UAUAUAUAACAAUCAAACAGUGAAAUAAAAAACGUGUCAAAAAUAUAGUAUAAGUUAAAGCGAUACAGAAAAAAAGAGCAACUACUUUUGUAUAAAUAAGAACACAACAUUAAAUAUGGAAAGCUCUCGAUUAGUUUCCAUAAUCUUCAUCGUCUACACAAUAAUCUUAUCGACCAGCUCAGUAAAUUGCACAGAGAAUAACAAUCUGGUAACAAACCAAGCUGCUUUGUUCGUGUUCGGAGAUUCUCUGUUCGAUGCCGGAAACAACAACUACAUCAAUACAACUUUCCGAUCGAAUUUCUGGCCGUACGGUCAAACCACUUUUAAGUUUCCAACCGGAAGAGUCUCCGACGGACGUGUGAUUCCCGAUUUCAUCGCUGAGAACGCAUGGUUACCGUUGAUCCCACCAAAUCUACAGCCAAGCAACGAUAAUAAUCAAUUUACCUAUGGAGUUAGUUUUGCUUCAGCCGGUGCCGGAGCUUUGGUGGAAACCUCUCCCGGAAUGGCCAUAAAUUUGGGAACACAGUUAAAAAGCUUUAAGAACGUUGUAAGGAGCUUGAGAUCUGCGUUAGGAGAGGUAGAAGCUAAUAGGGUUUUCUCAAGAGCUGUUUAUCUGUUUAGUAUUGGGGGCAACGACUAUUUUUAUCCCAUAUCGGCAACCUCUUCUCCUUUCCAAUCCAACUCCAACGAGAAAUUCGCCGAUAUUGUUAUUGGUAACACGACAUCCGUGAUCAAGGAAAUGUAUAAUAUGGGAGGAAGGAAGUUCGGAAUCUUGAAUGUGGGAGCAUAUGAUUGUGCACCAGCCGGAUUGACGUUAGACAGAACAAAUAUAGGAUCUUGUCACGGACCGGUCAGCGAGCUGAUCGACUUGCACAACAAGAAGUUACCGGAAGCUUUAAGGCGGCUACAACGUGAACUACCUGGAUUCAGAUAUGCCCUUCACGACUAUCACACUUCUUUAUUGGAAAGAAUCAACAAUCCUAUGAAAUACGGGUUUAAGGAAGGGAAUAAGGCAUGUUGUGGAAGCGGACCAUUUAGAGGAACCAAUACUUGUGGGAACCGAAUGGGAAAAAGUUACGAGUUAUGCGAAAACGUUACGGAUUAUUUGUUUUUCGAUGCUGCUCAUUUGACGGAGAAGGCUCAUCGACAAAUUACAGAGCUGAUUUGGAGCGGACCGCCUAAUAUCACUGGACCUUAUAAUCUUAAAGCUUUAUUUGAACUUAAUUAUGCGUAUAUUGAAUCGCCUCUGGAUGUCUCUGAUGAAAAUAAGGACGAGGUUGCUCUAUAAUUGUCCAUCUUAUCUAAUCUUGUUAGUCAUAUACUUUGUGUUUAAAUAUUCGUGGGAGACAAAAUCAUUUCACCAAAUUUCUUUUUCAAAAUACAAGUAAAAAACUUUUUUA